GAAUUUAGCCUCGUUCGAGUAUCGAGAACACAUUCUGUCUCUACACGCCGCGAACCAAGGAAACGAUUUUUAUUUCUGGGGUGUAGCUAUUCCUUGUGCUGAUUCCUUUGUAAAACGUUUCGUCUACUUUUACUCCAAGCGGAAAACGCAAACGGACAACUUAUAUUGGACAAAUGCAGGUAUGUCCCUCCCCGUUUUGUUCAGUUGUCUUUAUGGCUUCCGUUUGGUUCUUGAACGGUUAACGGUUUCUGUAAUGAAUACACCCCUGGUCUCAACCAACUUACAGCAGGAAGAGGAAAAGAGAGGCCCAACUCUGCGGAAAAUCUGGCUCCCUCCAACAAAUUGCGUUUUUUCGCCCACCAAGCAAGAAGUUGUGUUUUUAUUUUAACCUCUAUUUAGCUAGGCAAGUCAGUUAAGAACAAAUGAUUAAUUACAAUAACGGCCUACACCGGCCGUGAGAUGCAGUGCCUUAGACCACUGCGCCAUUCGGGAGCCCAUAGAGGACAAUGAGAUUGUCAAAUUUGGUCAACAAAAUAAUGAAUGGUUUAUUUGCUACGUGAGGUUUAUUUGAUCAAAUAUACGUUUCGUAAUGCUUAAGAUGUUACGAGUGUACUGAUAUAAUAUUGAUAUUUUGGUGCUCAGCGGUCUAAGGCACUGCAUAUCCGUGCUAGAGGCGUCUCUACAGACCCUGUUUCGAUUCCAGGCUGUAUCACAACCGGCCGUCAUUGGCAGUCCCAUAGGGCAGCGCACAAUUGGCCCAGUGUCAUUAGGGUUUGUCCGGGGUAGGCUGUCAUUGUAAAUAAGAAUUUGUUCCUAACUGACUUGCCUAGGUAAAUAAAAAUAUAGGACACGUGACAUCCCAGCAACUUUGAGAAAAAAACACUUAAUAUCGGAGUUGUCUCGAGAUGGCUAUGCAUAUUCAUGCCAUGAGGCUAGUAAGCAUACAUCGCUCUUCGUUGAAUGCAUGCGGUUGACGUCCAAAACCCUAAUCAAAUAUUCAAAAGGAUUACAAGAAUGAAAUGUAUCCACCGAUCCAAAGAAAGGCGGUAACUAGAUAGUCAGCUGGGCUACCUUGUGGACAAAGAUUCCCAUUGUUAGAGCGAAGAGACAUGUACCUUGUCUGUAUAGCCAUAAUCUUCCCCCCACAGUCAUUGCAUCCAAACAGCGCAGUGGUUUCAACGGGCUUCCGUAAAUUUGCUGAAACGUCAACAGCCAAGAUGGCGGACUGGAAUCGAGGACAAGGUGCUGUUGACGAUAUGUUGGACGCGGAAAACAAGCUUAUGGCUGACAAUUUGGCGUCCAAAGUUUCCAGAUUGAAAUCGCUUGCCUACGACAUUGACAAAGAAGCUGAAGACCAAAAUUCCUAUUUGGAUGGCAUGGAUUCCAAUUUUCUGAGUGCUACAGGACUGUUGACUGGCAGUGUGAAGAGGUUCUCUGGCAUGGUGCGAUCUGGAAGAGACAAUCGCAAAAUCCUCUGCUAUGUCUCAGUAGGACUGGUCUUUGUCUUCUUCCUGCUCUACUAUCUCAUCUACAGGGUCCAGAACUGAAGAGCUUUAACAAGAAUGGAACUUUAUAGUGUGGCUGGCUACUUUCCUCUCAGUGAUACCAAGAAAGACCAAAUAUAAACUUUUAUUGUAAAGAUUUUGGAUAGGAAAUCAUCUCACCCAUCACCCCCUCUCCAAUUCUCGAUAUAAUAAUGUCUUCUGCUCGAAAUGAAAUACAGUAUGUGCAGAUGUGUAUAUAAUGUGUCUCAGUUAUAUGAGAACUUUCAUUGUAUAUACAUUAUCUAAGACCCCAGUCAUGUAAAACAACUCGUCCUUACCAGGAUGCAGUUGAAAGCAGGAUAGUCCUUUAUUUACAUUGAUAAUUAGCCCUAGAGAUUGGCAGUGUGUCAAAGAAUGUCCCAGUGCCCUUUUCACAUUACUGAGCCAAGACGGGCAGUACUGACCAUAGGUACAAUAAGAGAUUGUCCUCGGUUAUGGCUUAUUCUUGUGUUUUGUAAUAGUGGUUUGAAGACAUGCUCCGGUACUUUGGCAAUUUAGUAAGUAUUUUUUAAGACCUCCAGCUUUGGGCAGGAUGUGUCACUGUGUAGUUCACACAUGCAUAAUCUAUGAGCAGAAUUUCUGUUUUACCUCAAUUAGCCAUGAAAUCCCUAGUUUGAAAGGAACUUUUUUUUCUGGAAACUGACGUAGUAUGCCAUUUUCCAUGAGCGUUACUUUUAGAUCUACGGGCUAAAAAGUAUACAAAAGUACUGUAGAAUCUCUAAGACAUUGCCUAAACUUUAACAAUACCUUAUUCUGUGAUAGUAAGUUGUCAGCACCUGGCAUGUAAUUAACUGUUCUUGCAUUUCCUAAACAACUACAUAACAUGAUCCUUUUUUUCCAGUGAGUUGUAUAAAUCCUUGUAAUGUAUGUGUAAUAAACAUUUUGAUACUA